AUGGAUGUACAGACUUCAAGGGUUGUAGAUAUACAGCUAGUCCAGUCUAAUGAAGUGAAGAAUUCAUAUAAUAUGGAGUUGGAAGGUCUGAAACGCUGUUUGAAGUUUCUUCAAGAAGAAGGUGUGGAUGUUUCGGAUCUGGUGACAGACAGACACAGUCAAGUGAAGAAGUUUAUGAAGACAGAACGACCUGAUAUCAACCACUGGUUCGAUGUAUGGCAUGUAGCAAAGGGAGUAUACAAGAAGUUAGAAGCUCUAGGAAAAACCAAGAAGUAUGCUCUAGUUGGCCAGUGGGCUCGUUCCAUCAGCAAUCAUGUAUAUUGGUGUGCUGCCAGUAGUCAUGGAGAUGGGGAAUUAGUCCGCCAAAAGUGGAAAAGCAUCACAAACCACAUCGCUGAUGUCCAUGAUGGCCACGGAGACAGAUUUCCAAACUGCCUACAUGAUGACAUUGAAAGGAAUUGGUUCAAACUGUGCCUUGCAGCCCUACACUUUAAUGCCAACUCAUCACGACCUCAGGCAGUGAAGAAUGGAAAGGGUCAGUAUCGAGUGUCCUUUCCAAAAAGCAGAAAAGGAGAUGCAGUGGCGAAAGAAAUAAAAGUAAAACAAAACUUUGACUACAUUGAAGAGCUCAUGGAAGAAGUUGUCAUGAGAAGACAAAUGUUUAGCAGUUAUGGGCAGGCACAGCGUGCAUUAGCUCAGGAAAUGGAACGCCCACCACCUUCUAUCUCUUGGCAGCAUAGGAUGAACAUGGAAAACUAUGACAGGGAAAAUGUG